UUCCUGUAGCAUCGCAGUGGUGAACUUUACCCAAACCGCCGUAUUUGUUUGGUUUUAUGACAGGCGCUCAGAUCACAGAGCUGCUCGCCGAGCUCCAGGACAUGAUCAUGGGAAGCACUCUCGCCAAAUGCGCCCUCACCGACCUGGGGAUCCAGUGGGCCGGCUGGGCUCUGGCUGCAGCUUUCAGAACCGAGAAGUUUUAUGAUUUGGCAGGCUCUGGCACAUUUAUUCUAUUGGCACACUUGAGUCGUAUCUGGGGAGGAGCAAGUCAUACCCGACAGAAGGUGCAGACUGGGUUGGUGACAGCAUGGGGACUCAGGCUAGGGACAUUCCUUUUCCUAAGAAUCUUGAAGGACGGUCAUGAUCACAGGUUCAACAAUGUCAGAGACAGCCCAGGGACUUUCUUUGUAUACUGGAGUGUUCAAGCUGCGUGGAUAUUUAUGACCCUCCUGCCCACCCUUAUGCUGAACACAGAGAGGCAUAAUGUGCCUCUGGGGCCAAGGGACUACAUUGGCUGGACCGUUUGGGGUAUUGGCUUCGCUACUGAGGCUAUUGCGGAUCAGCAAAAGUGGCUUUUCAAGCGCGACCCAGAUAAUGCUGGGAAAUUCAUUCAAAGUGGACUGUGGGCUUACAGCAGACAUCCUAACUACUUUGGAGAGAUCCUGCAGUGGUCGGGUCUGUGGGUCUCGGCCACGUCUGUCAUGCAGGGGCCUCAGUACCUGAGUGUGGUGUCUCCGCUGUUCGUGUGGUUUUUACUGCGUUACGUCAGUGGUAUCCCCAUUCUGGAGAGGCAGGCUUUGAAGAAAUGGGGAUCUGAGCCAGCCUUCCAGGACUAUAUUAAAAACACUCCUCUUCUCUGGCCAUGGCCAAAGUUUUGAUACUGUUUACAGCUGCUGUACACAUAAAAAAUUUAAAUUUGGAUUUUUUUGAAUGCCUGCAUGAUUUUACUCUAAUAAAUAAGAGUUUUAAAAUAUUCCAUCAUC